AUGAUUGUGUUUAUUCGGCAUGUUGAUUCAAGUAGGCAUAUUGUUGAGUCGAGAGAUAUAUCAGUUAAGGAGCAGAUGAUUGUGUUUAUUCGGCAUGUUGAUUCAAGUAGGCAUAUUGUUGAGCAUCUUCUUGGCAUUACUCAUGUUUGUGACACUACUUCUAUGUCUCUUAAAGUAGUCAUUGAAGAUCUUCUAACAAGUCAUAAAUUAAGCAUUUCAAGAAUAAGAGACCAGGGCUAUGUUGGAGCAAGUAAUAUGCGAGUUCCAGGAAGACCUCGCCGUAAAGCUGAAAAAAGGACUCAUCUUCAUAAGUACCGUGUUGAAAGGUUUUAUGUGGUUUUAGAUCUACAGCUCCAUGAGCUAAAUAAUCGUUUCAAUGAGAAGAAUACAGAGUUGCUCUUAUGUGUGGCAUGUUUUGAUCCAAAGAAUUCAUUUGCUAGGUUUGAUAAGGAUAAAUUAGUUCGAUUUGCACAGUUUUAUCCAAAUGAUUUUUCUGAUAUUGAACUUCAAUUACUAGAUAACCAACUACAGACUUAUUUUGUUGAUGUAACUUCUGAUCCUGCUUUCUCUAAAUUGGAUGGUAUUGAUGAAUUAGCUAAAAAAAAUGGUGAAAACGGGAAGACAUUUGGACUAUACGAUGGUGUAUUUGCUUCUAAAGUUGUCUUUGAUCCCACUGGUUGUAACUGCUAG